GGGGCAGGUGAGGGUUUGGUUGGGGCUGAGAGUCCAUCUGUCCCAGGAACUGCCUGAGCCCACAGGUUUGGGGGGCAGUGACCAGGACCACCAUGGCUCAGGUGUGCAGGCUGGCCCUGCUGCUGAUGCUGCUCCUGCCUGUGGUGGGCGCCUCCGUGCCAGGCACCGUGGUCAGACUCAACAAGGCUGUGCUGAGCUACGUGUCUGAAGUUGGGAAAGCCCCUCUCCAGCGGGCUCUGCAGGUGACUGUCCCACAUUUCCUGGACCGGAGUGGAGGCGGUCUUCAGCCCACCAGGGUCCAGAUUCUGGAUGUCCAGGUGCCCCGCCUUCACCUGAACUUCAUUGAUGGUUUUGGGAUACGCUUGUUGGCAGCAGCCAAUUUUACUGUCAAGGUUUUUCGAGCCCCGGAGCCCCUGGAGCUGAUCCUGCCGAUGGUACUGCUGGCUGAUGCCCGUGUGGCCCAGGGCUCCAUCGGGACUCCCGUGGUCAGCAUCUCCUCCUGCUUCCAACUCUUCAGCAAAGCCAUCGUGUUAGAUGACAGUGACAGCACGCCGCCCGCGCUGCUGGUCCUGGUGCAGCAACACAUCAAAGCUGUCCUGCACAACAAGCUGUGUCUGAGCAUCUCCAACCUCGUGCAGGGCCUCAAUGUCCACCUGGGGACUUUAAUUGGCCUCAAACCUGUGGGUCCUGAGUCCCAGAUUCGCUACUUUAUGAUCAAUGCGCCCAACAUCACUAAGAACUACAUUUCCUUGGAUAUCAACGCUGUUCUCUUCCUUCUGGGCAAGCCCGUUGUCCUGCCUGUGAAUGCCACCCCCUUUGUGCUGCCAGAACAUGUGGGCACCAAUGGUGCCAUGGCAACCGUGGGCCUCUCCCAGGACCUGUUUGACUCUACCCUCCUGCUGCUUCAGAAAGCUGGCGCCUUCAACCUGGACAUCACAGGGCAGCUGAAGUCCGAUGACAACCUGCUGAACACCUCCGUGCUGGGCCAGCUCAUCCCCGAGGUCGCCCGCCAGUUCCCUGAGCACAUGCCUGUGGUGCUGAAGGUGCGGCUAGGUGGCACGCCUGUGGUCACACUCCGUACCAACAACGCCACACUGCAGCUGCAGCCUUCCCUGGAGGUCCUGGCCGCGGCCUCCAACUCGGCUUUCCACUCCCUUUUCUCCCUCAAUAUGACAGUGAAUCUUAGCCUCCAGCUCUCCGUGUCCAAGGCAAAGCUCCAGGGGACCACGUCUGUGAUGGGGGAUGUCCAGCUCACUGUGGCCUCCUCCAAUGUCGGUUCCAUUGAGACGGAUAAAGUGCAAGCACUCAUAGACACGGUGUUCGAGAAGCCCCUGCUGGACCACCUCAAUGCUCUCUUGGGCAUAGGGGUUGCCCUUCCCAACGUGGUCAACCUCCACUAUGUCACCCCUGAGGUCUUUGUCCAUGAGGGUUAUGUGGUGAUAUCCAGCAGACUCUUCUACCAACGCUGAGGCAGGACCACUGGGAUGGCUAAGGGUGGGACAUCACCCUGCUCUGGGGACCCUCUUAUCUCAAGCCACUUGCAAAACUGAGGCGAAGCCACACUUAGUCAUCUCCAACAAGGCGUAUGGCCCCAGUGGUCUGUUUAGUCUUUGCUGCAUGUCUGGAUUCCCCUCCUUCAAUUCCUCCCAUCCUGUCCCAUCCUCCCCCAUUAAUCCUCCCCUCUUCCCUUAUCUCCCUCCUCCUUGCUCCAACACCCCCUCAUUGUGGGGAGAAAAUUGCUCCUCCAGGCUGUACAGACCUGUACCCUCUUGCAUUAAAUAUCUUUUCAUGAGCUGCAA